AUGCUCGGGCUUACGCCCCUGUUAAUCCGUUUCACACCCCGAUUCGGGCGGAACUGUAUGCCUCUGCAGACCGACCUGUCCAUCACGGUCCUACCAGCCGAAAAUGUUAGGCCCUCCAAGUCAUCCAACCGCUGUACCCCGAUCACUCUCAUCUCUUUUCUUUUACAUUUAUUUAUGUAUAUUGCUGCCGGAUCCGUGGCCAAGUUGACGCGUUUAUCUGUUUGGCCGUUCUGUGAAUGGCGUGAGACUGUGCUGCUGUGUGAUCUACCUGAAUUUGUCCGCUGCUCUUGCGAACGAGAACGUGCCUUUUAUUACUCAAGUCGUCCCCACCCUCCUGCCUGGUGUAGCCCUGUCUCCUCGUCUAAGAAACUGUAG